GAAAAUUUAAAUUUGAGACCGGCCAGUUCUAGAUUUCAAGCCGAAAAUGAAUCGACCACAACAAAAUCGGGUGUCUUCCGGGCUAGCGCCUAGGAGAAGACGAUACAAUAUUUUGUUCUUUGGAAAUACUGGGUCUGGGAAAGCUGGCAUGAAGAAUAAGAUUGUUUACAAUGAUUUCCGUGUGUCCAGUGAUCCCUACGAUCCGACUCUCGAAGAUAGUCAUCAAACAUACAUCACUAUCGGUUCCGAGCAAUGUAUCGUAAAUAUUGUGGAAUUGAAUUACGAUGUUCAAUAUUCUGGUUUGUUUGAGCCACUGAUUAGAGACGCCGAUGGGAUAAUUUUGAUGUAUUCAAUCUGUUCGCCCGAAUCCUUCUCUGUUCUGGAAGCCCUCUGGACUCUUGUGAAACAUGUGAAGGUUCCAGAAAAGAAGGGGUUAUAUGUGGAAGUAGUCGGGACUAUGAGUGAUCUGUGGGAAAAAAGACGUGUCAAGACUGAGGAUGGGAAGGCAUUAGCCGAAAGGCUAAAUUGCGGGUUCUCAGAAUGUUCUGCAAAAGAAGGCGAGAAUUGUGACGUUCUAAUUGAGAAUUUGAUUAGAAAGGUUAUAGUUGGGCGUGAGCAGGAGCAGAUAUUGAGGGACGCGAGACGGAGAAAAGAAGACGAUGAGAGGGAAGAAAGAGAUAGAAAGAAAAACGGGGUUGUGAAGAGGGUUUUGAAGAGAUGUGUGGAAAUAAUGACCAUGGGAACUUAGCUCGAGAGAGUUUUGAUACCACAGCACGAAAUGAUGGAACAUUUAAUGAUUAAUCAAACUGAAGAUACUGUACUCAAUAUUGCAUUUGCUGAGUGCUGUGACUCUUCACUUAGACUUAGUAGUUAAGGUGAUGUUGAAAUUGAAGAUACGACCAGUCUGGCUAUUUGCA